CCUUCAUUGGUUGAUUUCUCUGGUACGCAGUGGUUUUAUCGAUGAUCAAUCGCCAUUCCAAAAGUAGAACUUACAGCUAACGGGGGAGGUCCUGGUCCUCUCGUCUUGGAAACUUUUGUUGAGACCUUUGAAGUUUGAAGACCGAGUGAGCUCAGGCAAUUAAAUUUGCUUGAGAAUGUGGAAGCUCAGCCGAGGCGUGUUUGGCGAUGACGAAGAGCGUGGUCAGAGCUUGUUGGAUGAAGAUUCAGAAGAUCUAUGUUCUUUAUCUCCUGUACAGAGAUUGUAUGGAUUUGGAGCCUGCUUGACGGGGGGUGUGGUUUGUAUGGUUCUGGCUAUUUGUCUUGUACUAAUGUCUUACACUUCUCACUACCCAGCAUCAACAGAUGAUUUUGUUCGUUGUUUCUUUUUUAUUCAUCGUCACUGCUUGUUUUUGCUAAACCAAUCAAGUUUGCUGUACUAUUUACAUUUGGCAAUGUUUUGGCAGUCGGAAGCCUUCCUCUUUGGACCUGGGCAACAAAUAAGAAUGAUGUUUGAUUCUGUUCGUAUUUAUGCAACAGCUAUUUACCUGGGAUGUGUUGUUCUAGCUCUUAUCUGUGCUCUCUGGAUCCACAAUAAGAUCUUGACGGUGAUUGCAAUAAUAAGUGAGAUAUGUGCUCUUAUAUGGUAUAGUUUGAGCUAUAUUCCUUUUGCCCGGAGGAUGGUGUCUGAAUUGAUGAUCCGAUUGUGUGACACAGAACUUUAGACAAUGCAACUUGUGAUGAUGAUUGAUGAUUCAGAGUCUUUUCUCAGGAUCUGGGAUUGUCUUUGUCUUAGUUGUUUUUCAUCUUUUAGUGAGCACAAGACCAGUUGGAGAUUUGUUUGUUUUUGUUUUUUGUUUUUUUUUCCUGGUCGAGAUUGAUUUUGUCCACAUAAAUGUAUAAUCCGAAGCCCGUUUGAUGCUUGUGCUAAUUUCUAAAUAUAACAGCUCUCUUUUCGCAUAA